UUCAUCUCGCCUGCCCAAGAUGAACCACAGUUUUCUGAUUCUCGUGCUGCUUCUUUCUGCCACGACCUCACAAAGCCAAGAUGCGGUUCUUGGAAACAAGCUAGAACAAGUUUCCUUCGCCAGAGCAUUCGUACCAGGUACCUGCGGUGGCGGACAAACGUCCGUUUGUUCAAACUGUACGGCCUUAUCGAUCUGCAUCGCCCCCAACAUUGCCGUGGAUGUCAAAUGUUCCGGAUCCAACGCCUAUUGCGUCCCUGGAGAUGUCGAAGCUAGUUGUAGCACCGUUCCCGCCGAAGGCUGUGCUCCCCCAUCAGACGAAACGGCUGCAAUCGUUUGUUCAUCGCAGGGACUUUUGCCAGAUCCAUCCAACUGCAACAUCUACCACGUGUGCCGCACGGUACAAGGGUUUUCGGACGUCUAUAAAUGCCCAUCGGGAACGCGGUUCAAUCUCUCGGUCCUGCAGUGUCGUACUCAGAGUCUUUCACCAUGCGUUACGGUUAGUUGUGGAGCCACCGGUGGAUUUGUGUACUACGGAACAUCCCGGCAGUACUACGCUUACUGUUUAGUGCAGAAUGGGGUUACAACGCCAUACAUGUUCAAGUGUUCCAAUCGGGCUUCAUUCAGCACGGUGACCAAUUCGUGCGUCUAUGUCUGUGCUGGAGUGGGAAACUUUGUCAACACCAACGACCCGUCGACGUACUACCAGUGCUACAUCGCGAACGGACGUUACGUGCCAGCGCUGAGGCAGUGUCCCCUAGGAACGACGACCUUCAAUCAGACCUUGCAGUAUUGUACUUAGGUUGGAAGGGCGGGGUUUGUGGGGAAGCGAUUUUGGUUGUGAAGAAUGCUGAAGGCAAGUAUUGUGAUAAUCUCGAAAAUAAAUGUAGCUGCACGGUGUACAGAAUUAUGUAGCUGAUUUCUUCAAAUCGGCGAUAAUAGUCAUAUUUAAUUAAAAUAAAGACUUUACAUGUAAUAAAAUCAAUAAACUAAGCACAAGGAUAGGUAAAUAAUAAGGCUGAAACAUUUCACCGACGGUCAUUCAGCCGAAGGAUAUUUCGCCAAUAAGGUAAUUUCACUAAAGGAUUAGUUUUGUCCAAUAAGUAU